GCCAGCCUGCGCACGCCCGAGCUCACCUGGGAGAGGGUCAGGUCCCAGGUGGACCAUGUCAUCUGGCCAGAUGGGAAGAGGAUAGUCCUGCUGGCAGAGGGCCGCCUGCUGAACCUGAGCUGCUCCACCGUCCCCACCUUCGUCCUGUCCAUCACGGCCACCACGCAGGCCUUGGCUCUGAUAGAGCUCUACAACGCUCCCGAGGGCCGCUACAAGCAGGACGUGUAUCUGCUGCCUAAAAAAAUGGGUAACCCCCUGCUCCCUGCCUUCUCCUCGUCG